GGCUGAACCACCUGGUUUUCUGAAUGAAACCGUAGCUCGCCUCGCGCUAUAAAUAGAACGGACGGGGCUUGACGUCACCAUGGAAGCCGCAUCACGUCGUUUUGUUCCGUGCUGUUGUGUCUGCAGAUUAUUUUUUUCCCGAAGCGCUUUCGGAUGGGGACGGACGGAGUACUUCUGAAGGCAGCCCGAACAAUCAAGCUAGAUACAUAGUAGUGGUUAUUGUUACAUUGGGAGAAAAGGAUUAACGUUCAACAAGCUGGGGCGCGAUACCAGUUACGAAAUGAUCUUGCAGUAUUUGCCUAGCUAGCGGCGAGCGAUUCUUAUUUGUACAGGAGCCAUCGAGCUACCUGCAAUUAUUGAAUCGCACUCUGAACUCCUGCCUGUAGUUUUGGUUGACCAGAUCACACUCACUCAGCCCUAGAGAACGGGCCCUGAACACUAGUAUGGACUACGAGAGACCCAAUGUUGAGACCAUUAAGUGUGUUGUGGUGGGAGACAACGCCGUAGGGAAGACACGGCUGAUCUGUGCUCGGGCCUGCAACACCACUCUGAACCAGUACCAACUACUGGCCACACACGUCCCUACGGUCUGGGCUAUAGACCAGUACAGAGUGUGUCAAGAGGUGUUGGAGCGCUCCAGGGAUGUGGUGGAUGAGGUCAGUGUGUCUCUCAGGCUGUGGGACACUUUUGGCGAUCAUCAUAAAGACAGACGCUUCGCAUACGGAAGGUCAGACGUGGUUGUGCUGUGUUUCUCCAUCGCCAACCCCAACUCUCUGCAUCACGUCAAGACCAUGUGGCACAUGGAGAUCAAGCACUUUUGUCCCAGGACGCCUGUCAUCCUGGUGGGUUGUCAGCUGGACCUGCGUUACGCUGAUCUGGAGGCCGUCAACAGGGCCAGGAGGCCACUAGCCAGGCCGAUAAAGCCCGGAGACAUCCUUCCUCCAGAGAGUGGCCGGGAGGUGGCCAAGGAGCUGGGCAUCUCCUACUAUGAGACCAGUGUGUUCGACCAGUUUGGCAUCAAGGACAUCUUCGACAAUGCCAUUCGAGCCGCGCUCAUCUCCCGUCGACACCUGCAGUUCUGGAAGUCCCACCUCCGGAAGGUCCAGAAGCCCCUCCUCCAGGCGCCCUUCCUGCCGCCCAAAGCACCGCCCCCUCUCAUCAAGAUUCCAGAGUGUGUCAUCAACAACGGGGAGGGUCCUGGCCUCCUAUUGGACAGUCCUCUUUGUGCUGACGUCAUGUUCAUCCUCCAGGACCACAUCCACAUCUUCGCCCACAAGAUCUACCUCUCCACCUCCUCCUCCAAGUUUUAUGACCUGUUCCAGAUGGACUUCAGUGACGAGUCCCAGUGCCUGGUGGUGACGGAGCGGCAUGCCCGGGACUCUCUCCUCAGGACCCUUAGUCUGGACACAGAGGAGGACGUGGCUGUGCUCCCCAACCUCUCCCCCUGCUCCCUCCGGGCCUCUAAGAGUGACGGCACCCUGAAGAUGAUGAGCUUCUCUGGUAAGCACCGGCGCACCAAGCUGUCCUUGGCCUCCUGGAGCAAGGCCUUCUACAGCAUCCACAAGGAGAGCGUGACCAACCCUGUGACGGGCUCCCCAGCUCACAUGACGGUGGUGAAGAUGGACUACUCCAUCCAGCUGGGUCCGUUCAGUGCCGUGUUGAGGUUCCUCUACACUGGGGAGCUGGAUGAAGAGGAGCGGGAUCUGAUGAAGAUCGCCCAGAUCGCGGAGGUCCUGGAGGUGUUUGACCUGAGGAUGAUGGUGGAGAACAUCAUGAACCAUGAAGGCUUCAUGAACCAGGAGAUCACCAAGGCCUUCCACGUCAGGAAAUCCAACCGCAUCAAGGAGUGUCUCAACAAGAACACAUUCACAGACGUCACCUUCAGGUUGGAGGAUGGAACCAUCAAUGCUCACAGACCUCUGCUCAUCUCCUCCUGUGAUUGGAUGGCUGCUGUGUUCGGAGGAUCCUUCAUGGAGAGUGCUAACAACGAGGUCUCGUUCCCAGGCACCAGCAGGGUGUGUAUGCAGGCUGUUCUGGAGUAUCUCUACACCAAUCAGCUUUGUCCCAUGGCAGAGCUGGAUCCUAUGGAGUUGACGGCCCUGGCUAACAGACUCUGUCUCCCCAGACUGACUGCUCUGACAGAACACUAUGCUGUGAGUGAGCUGGUGAAAGCCUCCAAAGAUGGACAGGAUAUAGAUGGCGAAGUACUCACCUAUCUGGAACUGGCUCAGUUCCAUAAUGCUAACCAGUUAGCAGCUUGGUGCUUACAUCACAUCUGCACUCACUACAACAAUGUCUGUGCCAACUAUCGCAAAGAGAUCAAGGCCAAAUCUGCAGAGAACCAGGAAUAUUUUGAGAAGCACCGCUGGCCCCCAGUGUGGUACCUGAAGGAGGAGGACCACUACCAGCGGGUGAGGAAGGAGAGGGAGAAAGAGGACGUGGUUCUCAACAAACACCACAGCAGACGACGUUGGUGCUUCUGGAGCACCUCCCCUGCCGUGGCCUGAGAGGUCUGAGAAGGGUCUGCCUAGCCCCAAACCGCCCAGGGAAUCUGCCUCCUACCCCGUGCUCCAGCUUCUAACCCUGCACCCCGCAAAGAGGUCCCAACAACACACGCUGUACCAAUGUUUUACUGUUAGAUCACCUGAGCAUCAAAACAGGAAAUAACUAUCUGACGAUGCACUGUCAGGUCCUACCCUCUUCCCUUGAUGAACUGUCAGGUCCUACCUUCUUUUAUUGAUGAACUGUCAGGCCCUACCCUCUUCUAUUGACAAUACACUGUCAGGUCCUACCCUCUUCUCUUGAUGAACUGUCAGGUCCUACCUUCUUUUAUUGAUGAACUGUCAGGUCCUACCCUCUUCUAUUGACAAUACACUGUCAGGUCCUACCCUCUUCUCUUGAUGAACUGUCAGGUCCUACCCUCUUCUCUUGAUGAUACACUGUCUGUCCCUACCCUCUUGAUGAUACACUGUCAGGCCCUACCCUCUUGAUGAUACACUGUCAGGUCCAACCCUCUUCUCUUGAUGAUACACUGUCAGGCCCUACCCUCUUGAUGAUACACUGUCAGGCCCUACCCUCUUGAUGAUACACUGUCAGGUCCAACCCUCUUCUCUUGAUGGUACACUGUCUGGCCCUACCCUCUUGAUGAUACACUGUCUGGCCCUACCCUCUUCUCUUGAUGAUACACUGUCUGGCCCUACCCUCUUCUCUUGAUGAUACACUGUCUGGCCCUACCCUCUUCUCUUGAUGAUACACUGUCAGGCCCUACCCUCUUGAUGAUACACUGUCAGGUCCAACCCUUUUCUCUUGAUGAUACACUGUCAGGUCCAACCCUCUUCUCUUGAUGAUACACUGUCUGUCCCUACCCUCUUGAUGAUACACUGUCUGGCCCUACCCUUUUCUCUUGAUGAUACACUGUCUGUCCCUACCCUCUUGAUGAUACACUGUCUGGCCCUACCCUUUUCUCUUGAUGAUACACUGUCUGGCCCUACCCUCUUCUCUUGAUGAUACACUGUCUGUCCCUACCCUCUUGAUGAUACACUGUCUGGCCCUACCCUUUUCUCUUGAUGAUACACUGUCUGGCCCUACCCUCUUCUCUUGAUGAUACACUGUCUGGCCCUACCCUCUUGAUGAUACACUGUCUGGCCCUACCCUCUUCUCUUGAUGAUACACUGUCAGGCCCUACCCUCUUGAUGAUACACUGUCAGGCCCUACCCUCUUCUCUUGAUGAUACACUGUCAGGCCCUACCCUCUUGAUGAUACACUGUCUGGCCCUACCCUCUUCUCUUGAUGAUACACUGUCAGGCCCUACCCUCUUGAUGAUACACUGUCUGGCCCUACCCUCUUCUCUUGAUGAUACACUGUCAGGCCCUACCCUCUUCUCUUGAUGAUACACUGUCAGGCCCUACCCUCUUGAUGAUACACUGUCAGGCCCUACCCUCUUCUCUUGAUGAUACACUGUCUGGCCCUACCCUCUUGAUGAUACACUGUCUGGCCCUACCCUCUUCUCUUGAUGAUACACUGUCAGGUCCUACCCUCUUCUCUUGAUGAUACACUGUCAGGCCCUACCCUCUUCUCUUGAUGAUACACUGUCAGGCCCUACCCUCUUGAUGAUACACUGUCAGGCCCUACCCUCUUGAUGAUACACUGUCUGGCCCUACCCUCUUCUCUUGAUGAUACACUGUCAGGUCCUACCCUCUUCUCUUGAUGAUACACUGUCUGGCCCUACCCUCUUCUCUUGAUGAUACACUGUCAGGUCCUACCCUCUUCUCUUGAUGAUACACUGUCUGGCCCUACCCUUUUCUCUUGAUGAUACACUGUCAGGCCCUACCCUCUUGAUGAUACACUGUCAGGUCCUACCCUCUUGAUGAUACACUGUCAGGUCCAACCCUCUUCUCUUGAUGAUACACUGUCAGGUCCAACCCUCUUGAUGAUACACUGUCAGGCCCUACCCUCUUGAUGAUACACUGUCUGGCCCUACCCUCUUGAUGAUACACUGUCAGGCCCUACCCUCUUGAUGAUACACUGUCUGGCCCUACCCUCUUGAUGAUACACUGUCAGGUCCAACCCUCUCUGCUUGGGUCCACAUGAAUAACCUCCACAUGGCAGGGCUCUACAGAGGGUACAUUUUACUUACAUUUGCGCCUAAAUAUUUUGCUGUGCAACCUGCAAUUUGAAUUUAGGAGCACCAGUGCACCUAUAAAAAUGAAGUAUUCUAGCUACGUUGUUCAACCUGUCAACGUAGUGUGGUAUGUGCUUUCUGUUAGACAUGUAACUUUAUGGAUGUAAAUUGUGAUUGUUGAUGUUAGCUGCAGCCACCGACACCAGCCCUGGAUCAAAGUCUGAAUCAUAAAUGAUGCAAAAAUAACUCUGAACCUGAUGAAACACAGGACCUGUUCAUAGACGGGGCUUCAUGCAGCCUUGGAAUAUCAACAACAACAACGUUGAAAGUACGUCUUGUGCUCACUGGGAUACCGAUACAGCUCCAGGGAUAAACAGAGCUCCUGAUUGAAUCGAUCCCCAGGUCGGUAUAUUGAACCCAGCUGGAGGUGUUUCUCUGUAUUCUGAAACACCUGAUUGUUCCUUUAACCCACCUGGUGAUGGUAAAGGGGAAACUCUAUACUUGAAAUCAAUGUGUUUUUAUUCAUCAGCUGUAUAGUAGGCUUUCUUUAGUUAACCAAAGCCAUAACUAGUCAGUUUAUCAUAUUUUAAUAUAUAUACCAUGUGAUUAUUUAUUUGUUGGUGAUAUUUACUAUAGAAACCAAGUGGCUGGUUCUCUUGGUUCCUGCUGUCACAGGUCUUUGAUCUAGCUGCUCAUCAUCCUUCAUCUUCUUUAUAACCAAGUGGCUGGUUCUCUUGGUUCCUGCUGUCAAAGGUCUUUGAUCUAGCUGCUCAUCAUCCUUCAUCUUCUUUAUAACCAAGUGGCUGGUUCUCUUGGUUCCAGCUGUCAAAGGUCUUUGAUCUAGCUGCUCAUCAUCCUUCAUCUUCUUUUUCUUAUUUAAAGGGAAUGUUGUUGAAUAAAUUAUUUGACUUAAUUGCUUUAUUCUAGUUUUCCUUUGAACUGCCCAGUGUAUAUCCUAGGGUCUGGACUGUUGGUCUAAAGUUUAAUGCAGACAAUAUGUACUGUUUCAAUCCUCAUACUGAGACGAGCCUGAGUGCCAGUCUGUUCCUGUUAAUGUGUUUGGGUUGACAAUUCCAUAAGGAGUUGGCAAGAGAGCAGUAAUGUUUGUUUCACAUACCUGUCAAUAAUACUAUAUGAAUCAAAUUCAGAUGUAAUGUUUGUUUCACAUACCUGUCAAUAAUACUAUAUGAAUCAAAUUCAGAUGUAAUGUUUGUUUCACAUAUCUAUUAAUAAUGCUAUUGUAAUCAUGGGUUUAUGCUUUUGAGUGGAGCACCAUCAGCUGAACCCGUCAUGUAGAACAAGUUAUUCAACUGAUUAGAGUUCAGUACAACACUGUUAUAUAGAAGGAUAUGUUGCUGUUAUGAAAGUGUAAACAUCAGAGGGAGAGAGAAAGGUUUGGCAACAACCACUCAGCCUCACUCUGUCAGGAGAGGAGAGGAGGGGAGCAGAGCAGCCUGUACCCAAGCUGUCACUGAGGAGGCAGACCAACACUGUAUACAUAACAGCUUUGGAACACAAUGUCACAUUCUAUUAUUAGUAAUGAUCAUUAUUAUAUUGUCUGGUGAUUCUAUAACCAAUGUCAACAUGAGUGUAUUAUAAUCAACUUACAAUAAAAGUAAGUUGUAGUUCCAGUA